UCCUUAGAGAGUCUGUCAGUGAGUCUACGGGUUGGUCUACGUGGUGGGGAGUGGGACUCUUCCGUCGUGCACCUAACACCAUGGACGAUUACCCGAUGUAUGGUUUACUUGUUGGGUUCUCCCUCUGGGGGACCCUCUGGCGUCUCCUCUUUCCCCUGGAGUUCUGGCACACAUUCACGUGUAGAGUAGAUACCAAGGGUGGUGCUUCCACUAAGCCUUAUACGAAGGAGGAGGAGGAAAAGAUGGCCGCCAUCCUGAGGGAGAGAAAAGAAAAGAAAGAGGCCAAAAAGAAGGCCCUGAUGGAGACGCAGGCGGCCAAGUUGAAAAAGAUAGAGGAGGAGAUGGCCAGAGAAAAGGAAAGAUUGGAAAAAAACGAAGAGGAGAAACUAAAGGAGGUGGAAGAGGAAGAAGAGGAGGAUGAACAGCCACUGGAAAGGAGGAGAGAGCAACGAGGGCAGUACAGUGGCAGUAAAAAUGAUGAGAUGGAGAAGAGGAUUUCAGAGUGGGUUGCCAUCUUGUCUUUGGGAGAAGAGGAGGAGGUAGCCAUGUAUAUCCCCAAGGACGAGCAGGAGGCCGCCAUGAAGGAAUGGGACGCGGAAGGAGAUGCUUUGAAGCGGCAGGCGAUGGAAGAUGAGAAGAGGAUGAAGUGGAAGUUAAGGAUGAUGAGGGAGAAGAAGAAGAGGGUGGAUGCAGCGAGUGCAGCGGUUAAAGAGUUAGAGGAGGUGCAGAAACUAAGUGCCGAGGUGAACCAUCGCCUCGAGAAGACAGAACGAUUCUGCGUUGGCGCCAUUGAAGGCGUCAAGCUGACCGCUCCCAAAGUGGAAGAGGCACGUCCUCGGAGGGAGCCAGUCAAAGUCAAGUUCCCCGAUUCCUACAGUGGAAAGAGGGAAGAGAACUUUGACAACUGGGAGGCCAACGUCAAUACCUAUGUGCAUUUGCAACAGGUCUCCCCUGAUCAGCACGUGCUAAUUGCAAUCCCUGCGCUUAAAGACGAGGCUGCCAGUUUCGCAAGAUCUCUAGUCCGCUCUGCCAACUGCAAUGAUGAUGGAGUUGCCUACUCGACAUUCACUCCCCUCGUCGAUUUCAUGAAAUUGUUGCGUGAGCGAUUUGCUGAUGUCGCUCGCAGUGUCAAAGCCUCAGAUAGGCUCCAGACCAUCCAUUCGCGUCAAUGGAAGAGUGACAGGGCACUCAAGGGUGUUAUGGACGAAUGGGUGGCUGUCCCUGACCAUGGGGUCACAAAGACCCAAUUGGUCAACCUCUUCUACAAGGCUAUGCCCGAAUCAAUGCAUGGCCACUUCUUCGCGAAGAGUUAGGACCCUGCCAUGACGUAUGACGCACUCAGCAGAGAAGUGGUGGCCUUUGAGGCAAAGUCUGUGUCAGUUUCCACUUUCUGGC